AUGUGAAGAGGAGGCGUUCCAAAGGGAAUUAGAGAGCACUACAAGCUUUGGGAUAAACCUCACAUACUACAGCAGCAAUCGGCAACAUGUGGAUCCGGAUCUUUUACUGCCCUGCUGCGGCUCCACAGCGGAUUACAUCUGUAGAGCAGUGGUGUCACCUCAGCCUCCAAAGACUCUGGAUCUUGGGUUUGGAGGUACAGCACGUUCCUCUAAAUCCAUAACAAGAACUAAGAAUGACAACAACUGGCACCCUGGUGAUCUCAAUUACCUCCAUAUGUUGGACCACGAGAGGGAGUGUGAGCCAGCCCUGCAGGAUAAAAGUGCUUUGAUUCAGGGCCAUGUCGUGGUUUAUCUGGAGCGAGCCUCAGUACCGGCGGCCCCGGCGGGAUCCCUCCGAGGUGGUGACAGACACACUGAUGCUGGAGCUCAGCUGGCAGCUGAAGGAGGCUCAGCGGCUGCAGCGUGAGCGGGACAACCAGUAUCGCAGGUUACAAACAGGGGUCGACUACAGUUGGCUCGUGAGUGCCCCCCGCAGCACCUUUGACAUCAGCCAGGCAGAGAGACUGGCCCUCGAGGAGCUGUGCAGCAAAGUGCAGCCUUCUUAUUGCGGGGCUGUUAUACUGAGGUUUCGCCAGGUGCUGGUGGAGAACGAGCCAGAGGUGCAGGAGGUCUCUGGACUGUUCCGCUCUGUGCUGCUGGAGGCUCUGGACCGGAUGCAGGCAGAGCAGGAGGCACAACGCUUGUCCCGUCAGUGGAACAACAAGCGCUCCAUCAGCCUGUCCCUGCUCAGUUUUAAGUCACGAGUGCGCAUUAACCCGUUUGGCAGCUCGGUGGGCCUGACCACCAGCAGCUACAGCUCAGAGGAGGGCGUUGGAGAGCUGCAGACUGUGUCCCAGGAUGUGGAGAAGGGCCUCCAGCACUCAGCUGACAGGGCACAGCGGGUCUGGAGCAUGCCCGACUUCAGACACAAAGGCAUCAAUGGGAACGUGUAGAAGAUCGUGAGACUGGGAGACUCUGAAACUGCACUGAAGCGGAUCUGAGUUUCAAAAGAAUCACUUACUUUAAUGAAUGAUUGUAAAAUGUUUGGAUUUAGAGCGACAGCUUGGCCAAAUAUUAAACUGAAAAAGUCUCCCCUUACCCCAAAUUUACUCGAUCAGCCAAGACUGGAGCUAAAGUAGCUAACCCACAGGCUUGUAUCCCACCCAUCAGCAUUGUGUUAACUGUAUUCUUGCAUAAUUUGGCACAGUAUCACCAUUUCUACAUUGAUAAUUUCAUAAAACGGCAGAACAGAUCUCAAAAUGCUGUUUUUAGCUAUGCUGGACUUAUUUAUAGGUUAAAGUGCAUUAUAGAAUAUUAGAAACCACAUAAGCAAGUCUGUCAGCGAUUACUGAAAAACUCGACGUGCUUUGAGACAACUGUGUGGUGUUUUAGGCCUGCACUUGAGCUUAUAAGCUCUAUGCUGACAAUAAGCUGCUGUCCCUUGUUAACUACAUUAGCCUAGUAACUCCACUGUAAAACUAAAGAGGCAAACCUCAGACACCAAACAUGUCCUGACUGACUAAAACGUGUAAAUGUAAUUUUGGCCAAACUAUCGCUUUACUUCAGCGGUAAAUAUGGGAGAUAUCCAGCAUAUCCUUUAACAGCAGUGUUUCUGAAUACAUAUACAACGGCACCUCGGUGGUGAUCCGACAGAAACCUUAGAACUUUGUGCAAUGCAUUAAACUUGAGUUGAAGCAAUGUCUUAUUCCUUUAAACUGUAUAAAUAUUACGAUGAAGUGUGACUGUACGAGCGUAUGGGAGUUUGUAUAUUGUGAGCCAUUCAAGAGUUUUAAACUCUGUAAACUGCAGUAAGUGUGAAUUUAUAUUAAACGAUAUAACCAGCAA